UGCAAAGUUACUGUAGCCUGAGUAAGUCAGUGUGUUGAACAAUGAACAGUCUUGUAAACAUAACUGAGAAUACAGUUUAGUUGUAUGGGAUGCAUUUUUUGUUCAGCAUUUUUACGUCUGUUGUAGCACAAUACUCAGUGCUCACCAUGCUGUGUGCAUAACACAGAAAAACUGAUUUCAUCCUCCCUGACCAAGCAGGCUCCAGAGAAGCUGUUUUGAUGGAAGCUUUUGAAUGUGCAUAGCAAUGGGACACAAAAUCCCAGACCUCGUUACAGACACUAUUAUUAGUUGGUUACUAUUUUUCAACAGCUUUCCUUUGGUGAUACAGAAGAAUUAUUAGUAAUAACAUGGACUCUUCAAACCAGUGUUACUCUGCUGCCCUCUAGAGGAUUUCAAGCCAAACAGCAAUCUGAGAGAGAGCGCGUGGGAGAGCGCGCGAAGGAGAGAGAGAGAGAGAGAGUUGCACAUGUGCAUUAGUGAAACUAUAAAGGAAGUAACGGCGCACAAGAAGUGCAACAAACUAACGCCAUAACGGAGAGAACAGCUGCCAGCUACAUCCAAACAUGCAGCCACCACCGAGAAAGGUAAAGGAGAGCCAGCAGAUGAAAGUGGUGUUCUCAGAGCAGCUCAACAAGCUGCAGACCAAACAGCAUCUGGACACCGAACUGCUGGAGGAGAUCAGGUCCUUCAGUAAGCAUCGCGCGGCUAUAGAGAAAGAAUACGGUCAGGCUCUUCAAAGGUUAGCUGUCCAGUACCAAAAGAGAGACUGGCAGAGAGGAAAUACAGAUGUGAUCACUUCUGGGAGUGUGUUCAGCGUGUGGCGAUCUGUGGUCGAUGCUACAGCUCAGACUGCGGCAUCGAGACUUUUCGCUGCAGAAGAAUACCGUCGACUCAGUGGGCAAGUCUCCAAAAGUCUCCGCAAUGCAAAGGAUGUCCGGGCUAAGAGAGGCCUGGAACGGCUGCAGAGGGUGCAGGCUGAAGUGGUGGAUGCUCUACGGGAACUUCAAAGGGUCAAGAAGUGCUACCACGACUUCAGUCACAUUGCCAGUAUUGCACGUGAGAAAACUGCAGAUGCACAGGCCAGAGCUAGAAAAAGUGAACAUGGAAUUUUUCACUUUAAAACAGGACUCCAUAAAACGACCACUAAGCUCACUGCCAGACUCAAAGAGUGUGAUGACCGCUUGACUGAAGUUCGUAAUGAGUAUCUGCUGACAUUAGCAGCAGUCAGAGCGCAUCGGCAGCACUACUACACAAACGACUUACCAUUUAUUAUGGAGCAAAUGGAUGGAGAUAUUUAUGAGGAUUUGAGAUGCCAUUUCACCCUGCUGUGUGGGACUGAGAUGGACUGCUGUCUUCAUACACACAAACAGUACAGCGGAGUGUGGGACAGUGUUGCAAAGGUUGGUGUUACUCAAAUGAAAAAGACUUGAAAAAGUAUCUGUGUAAAUUCACAUCGUGGUCACUGGUACUCCUCUGCAUAGGUGUCAGUUCUGCAGGAAGUUUGUGGUUCAGAAGAAGAGGGCUGCCUGGUGAAGGAGGCUAAGAAAUGGACUGCCAAGGUGGCUAAAGACCACAAGAUCAUUGCCCACGGAGAGAGGGCUCUACAGAUGUUAGAGAGCCGACUGAAGCUCCUAUCCGGGGAGACGGCGCUCAGUGUGGAGCAGAAGAUAGCAGAGGUUCAGGAGAGCGUCAGGAAAGCCAAGCUGAACAGGGCGAAGGCCGAGGCUCGCCUGGCCCUGCUGUCAGAGAGCACGCCAGGAACAGAACAAUGGCUUCACGCUGCCAUGAACCAGGUGGAAGAGGAGUUGGAGAGAGAGCGACAUCUCAGCGAACAGAGGAAGUCUACUGAAGACUUUUCAGAGGACGAGUUCGAGCUGACUGACUUUGAGGACUACGAUGAUAACGGAGAGAUCUUCACAGAUCCAGUGUCAGCAUCUGGAGUGUGUGUUUACCCUGCAGCCUGCAGAGGUAUUUACAGCUAUCAGGCUAGCCAAUCAGAUGAGCUGUCAAUCAUGGAAGGGGAGGAGCUUCAAGUAAUCGAGGAUGGAGAUAUGGAGGACUGGCUGAAGGUGUGUAACUCGUGUGGUCAGGUGGGCUACGUUCCUGAGCGGUAUGUGCAGCUCCUGUGUCUGCCAGCAGAGGGCAGCACUCCGCUGGACAGCUCAUUCAGCUCCACCUCCUCCACUGUGACUAAAGAGACGCCAGGGAGUAGAGGUGUAGCCAGGGCUCUGUACUCCUACCAGGCUCAGAGCGCAGAGGAGCUUUCCUUCCAAGAGGGGGCGCUAAUACACCUGCUACGCCGUCCACGUGGAGAGGUCGAUGAUGGUUUUUGGGAGGGAGAGCUGAACGGACACGUCGGCGUCUUCCCAUCGCUGAUGGUAGAGCUUGUUCACAAUGAAGAGGAGGAUGAGGAAGGAAAAGGAGAGAUGGAGCCUCUUCCAACCCCAACCAUGCCCCCUUUCUCCCCUCCCAUCCCCACAGCCUCAGCUCCUAGCUGUAAUUCAGAACUGAGCGCUGCUUCUCCGAGCAUGGAGGACAAGCAGCAGGCUGCUCUAACAGAGGGAUCGAAGCUGGCAGGCAACAGACUGGGUAGAGUCUAUUUUCUCUGUUUUCUGUCUAAAAUGUGUCGUUUGAGGUGUUUCACUCUGUGUCUGUUGCACCACCAGAGGCCGGAACCAGCAGCCACAGCUCUGCUGAGCACUCCAGCACUCCACUGAGACCAAGGAUGGAAGCACAACCCAGACAGGGCAUUUUAAGAGGCAGGAAGAG